CCAAGACGAUUAUCAAAUGUAAAAAUGUCUAGGUCUGGAAACUUGUGAUGCUGGGUGGCGUAUCAUGAGGAGGCCAUAAGUGCUGGCUCAGCAUGACAAGUUUCUGAGCUUCUAGGUGUUGCCUAUUCUGCAUGACAAACUGCGUCUUUGCAUGACAGGAAAUUGGGGAUCUUGGGUAACCUGCAUGACAGGUUUAAGUCUCAUGCCAGAGAAGCAUGACAAAUCGCGCAUUCUUCCAGACCCAGACAUUUUUACACUUGAUAACGAUGCAGCCGCUGCACCAGACGCGGACGGGCUCGGGCGGGACAGGACCGGAAGGGUGGCCUCGAAGAUUGACCUGGGGAAAGCGCUCGGCGUGGUGAAUGCGACCGAUAGAAAUUCUGAUAACGAAGGAGAUGAUCAUGCUACGGCUGCAUCUUUACAC